CCAUCCCCUUUGUUCGACAUUCCGUUGCCGCGUUCUCACAAUGCACCACCCCAUACCAGAUACACAUCCAAUCAACGGGCAGUCGAGACAAAGUCUCGGUACUUUUGAAGAGACAUGACAGAGCGAAAGAUCAAUGCCGGCAUCGCUGAGAUGGAAUCACAUAUUCCGUCGCACAAGAGCAUGAACAUCAAGGCGUUCUCAGCGUUCAUUGUGGAUCACGUACAUGCGGAUCCCGCCCUGGAUGAGUUUUACCAGGAUGAGAUUCACGUAGCUCGCAGAUUCAAGGCGUUCUCACUGCGGCAAAAGUCUGAGAGCAAGCUCAUCAAGAACAUGCGACACCUGUAUGGAAAGCAUUUUUCGGUCAUCAUGGGUGAUUGGAGCGACGCUGGAAAAACCAUGCGCUUUCAGGAGUCAUCAAAGACCGAGGGAUUCCGCACACUCUUUGCAAGAAACAGCAUUCCAUGCUACUUGCUAGAUGAGUAUCGAACGUCUUCCGUGUGCCCAGACUGCCACGGGCGUGUGAAGAAAAACAUCCGAUGCCGGCUGUCACCUCGGCCGUGGCAAGCUCGAAAGGGAAGAAUGGAAUUCGUCCAUGGAUUGGUGGGUUGCCCCAACCCCGAAUGUAUCAACCAAGACUGGAUGCCAUUUGAGAUUCCUGGAAGAAGACAACCACUACGACUACGGAUGAAAGUGCACAAUCGGGACGUCCUAAGCACCAAGAAUUUCCUCUCGAUUGUGCGCUCGGUGGUGUUUGGCAUUGAUGGCCGCAGACCAGACGCAUUCUCCCGUAACCGGUAGUCUAGAUUUCACCCCAUCCCAUUUUCCGUGGUGGUUAUCUGCCAUCCACAUCAUUGUACCUCUGCCUGAGGCGUCGCCGAUGAUGGCAACUUGUAAAUC